GCCCCGGUGCGCGGCCGCAGCCCAUCGUCCGGCGCCGCCGGCACCAAGCCUGCCAGCCCGGCUGCGGGCGAGGGGAUGUGCCCAGAGCCCCGGGGGUCUCCGCGGCGACGCUGAGUGGGCACCAGCAAACACAGAGCCCAGCCAACGGGGGUUGUCAUGCAAGCAGCGUGCUCAGGUUUCUCUCCUGCUUUGCUCUCAUCCUGCUGCUGCAUUUGAGAUCAUGUCGGUUAAUAUUGUAGCCUUUGGGAAUGAAAGAGAUGGGUUUUCUGAGGACAGUCAGCAGCUGAGCCUGAUCUGGAGCUAUCUGGUGAGAAGCGCUCUCAUUUCCCAGAUCGACAGCAGCUUGUCUGCGAGCCACAUUGGGAGCCCAGUUUGUACUGAGUACCAAGCCUGCGCGUUUGGAAAUGUCAGACUGGUGGUACACGACUGUCCUGUCUGGGAUAUAUUUGACAGUGACUGGUACACCUCACGCAGCCUCAUUGGAGGAGCUGAUAUUAUUGUGAUUAAAUACUCUGUCAAUGACAAGACUUCAUUUCAAGAACUAAAGGACAGUUAUGUCCCAAUGAUAAAAAAAGCAUUGAACCACUGCUCAGUUCCAGUAAUAAUUUCUGCUAUUGGUGCAAGAAAAAACGGAGUACCUUGCACCUGCCCCCUGUGCACGUUGGACAGGAGGAGCUGUGUCACCACCUCCGAGGGAGUUCAGCUUGCCAAGGAACUGGGAGCCACUUACCUCGAGCUGCACACCCUUAAUGACUUCUACAUACAGAAGUACUUUGGAGGAGUGCUGGAAUAUUUUAUGAUCCAAAGUUUGAAUCAGAAGUCAUCUGCAAAAAUGAAGAAAAGGAAAAAGGCGCAGAAGUGCCAGCGAGUUCAACCACCUCAGCUUGAACAGCCAGAAAAAAUGCCAAUCUUAAAGGGCGAAGCCUCGCACUACAACGCAGACCUGCACAACCUGCUGUGCUGCUGCCAGUGCGCGGACGUGGCGUUUUACCCUGAGGAUCUCAGCACGGUGGUGGAGGCUCACAAGAUCAUCCUCUGCUCCGUCAGCCACCUCUUCAUGCUGCUUUUCGAGGUGAAAACCCCCGCCGACAUCUGCGACGCCUCCAUCGUGCAGGUGGCACAGAGCCUCUUCGCGGUGGAGGCGGGGGCUGCCCCCCCCCCAGCCCCCCAUGGUGUCCCACCCUGCGUCCCACCCGUCAGGGUGGUGGUGAAGGACCCUGUCUUCUGCUCGUGUCUCCCAGACGUCCUCCACUUCAUUUAUUCAGGUGCUUUCCAGUGGGACCGAUUGGAAGAGGAUAUAAAAAAGAAGCUGAAGGAUCUGGAAAAAACUGAACAUGUGCUUGAGAAAGUUAAAUGUAUCCUGAAAAUUCCAGGGAAGCUAAACACUGUAAAGGACUGCAGAUCUCAACAGAUAAAACGGCUGUAUAAUACUUCUCUCAGGCUAUUCUUUAACACGCCUGUCCUAGCUGAUGUAAUCUUCAAAAUACAAGGUGCAACUGUACCAGCCCACAGAGCAGUUCUGGUAGCUCGCUGUGAGGUAAUGGCAGCUAUGUUUAAUGGUAAUUAUCUAGAAGCAAAUAGUGUUCUUGUUCCAGUGUAUGGAGUUUCCAAAGACACUUUCCUCUCCUUUCUGGAGUAUCUUUAUACUGACUCCUGCUGCCCAGCCAGCAUUCUCCAAGCAAUGUCUCUCCUGAUCUGUGCAGAGAUGUACCAAGUGGUGAGACUCCAGCACAUCUGUGAGCUUUACAUUAUCACACAGCUUCAGAGCAUGCCUAGCAGGGAACUGGCAUCCACGAGUCUCAGUAUUGUCAGCUUGCUCAAAAAAGCUAAGUUUCACAAUUCUGAUUGCCUUUCAACUUGGCUUCUUCAUUUUAUUGCCACUAACUACCUCAUCUUCAGUCAGAAGCCUGAAUUUCAAGAUCUCUCAGUGGAGGAACGCAAUUUUGUAGAGAUGCACAGAUGGCCUUCCAAUUUGUACCUGAAGCAGCUUGCUGAUUAUAGGAACUAUGUCCACUCUCAGAAAUGCCAUUGCACAGUAAUGUGAGAAGACUGGACAUACACGAAGCACAUCUCGACUGCCAAGUCUCAGACUGGGAAUUACACAGAGUAUAAAAAUCAUGUCAAGAGCAAAACCAGACACUGAUCUCUGGAACACUGUAUGCCAUACUGUAGUGCACUUAGUAAUGUUCCUUGCUUUAAUAAUAAAUGACUCUACUUUUUUCCUUAAAGCAUUGAGAAAUAUAUAAUGAAGAUUUAUUUCAAGCACAAGGACUUCACACUGAUGGGGAUUAAAUGUAGUACAGGACAGUGUCAUGACUGUCAUCUGUUCCUGCUUCUGAUUUCUUUAUUGGUUAUUUUAUUGCUUUUCACAGUUAUUUUUGGCUGUUAAAAUGGCAUCUGUUGAAAACAGAUUUUUUUUGUAGAUCUGUGUACGAUAGGAGCACAGUGGCAGUACAGGGAAGCUGAGAAGCCAACCUGUAAGUUCUUCAAAUAGUUUAGAAUGCAAACGUUCACUGCAGCAUCUGUUGGUUUGCAAAAUAAAGGGUAGGCUUACUAAGGAUUUUAGUUACUAUUCAUUUUCCACUUUAAGGUGGGUCUGUAGUUCCUUUUAUUGAGACUCUUAGAGUCAUAUGAGUAGAUACUCUAAUUCCAGAGGAAUGCCUGUGCAUCACUGUAUUCUCUAGUGCCUACCAAAUAUUUAAAAAUGGAAAUAAUUUUUCCUCCCAGUAUAUAUAGGAGAUGAAAGUCUGUUUUAAUAAUCUGUAGAACACCUUUGCUAGUGUGAUCCUAUUGAAUUUUUCCCCAUGAGAAAAAAUGUCAGGGAGAACUAAGCCCACUGGAAGCAUAUCCAUAUGGUACUACUAGGGGCUGGAAGGAAAGGGAAGAGGGCUGACAGCUUUUCAUCAGUUUUGUGGGAGAAAGGUGGCUGGCACUAGUGACUUUUCUGUGAAAAGUGGGCUUUAUAAUCCUGGGUCUCCACUGGUAGCUGACAUGUUAGAUGUGCUGGUUGUGUGUGGGGGUGACCCUUGAGCCAGCCAUAUGACAAAUGGCAGGUUUUGUGGCGGGCCUCUGAGCUCGACCCUCCCCGGUGGGGACUCAGUUUAAACUCAGUUAUCAUCAUGUGCUCAUAACCUACACCAUGUGAGACAAACCUGAUCAUCUCUCCUGGCUGUGUGGGUUAUUUCCCAGAUAUAACAGAGAAAUCCCAAAUACUAUGACUAGGAUGACCCUUGCAGAUGCUAUUGAGAAUUUUCUUGACCUAAAUCACUCAUGUUGAUUUAUGAAUUUACAUGUAUGUAGUAACAUUAAUGACAAAAUGAACCCAACCUUUACG